GCAUAGCGUGCAAAGCGAACACAUUUAUUAAGCGGAUUACCGCCACUGUUGCGUCAAAAUCGACCGUCAAGUUAGCAAAGACCAAGCGAAAAUGAGACUGAACCUGUUGUGACAUAAAAAGUAAUAAGCUACUAAAGUUUGUUAGCAGUAAGGGCUUGAAUUGAGUGAACUGAAUUGUGUUCGAUUGUGUUGGUCCACGAUGUGUGAUAGACAUGUAUUGGUUUUUUCGAUUUGUGCAGCGGUAGUGGCGGCCUUCGUGGGCAUUUGUGCGGGACGGAUUGCACCUGCCUUUAUUCACCCCUGCAAUAAUACUGAGUCAUCGUGUCUGAUAAAAGCAACGCAAGAUGCAAUACUGGAAUUCUCAAAAGGCCUACCACAUCUUGGAGUGCCGUCUUUGGACCCAUUCGUCAUUGACGAGCUGCCGAUUCAGCUGCCAGGAGUAAGGGUGACCUUCAUUGAUGGGAUAGUGACUGGACUACGAAAAUGUCAAACGCUCAAUGUCGAAGCAUAUUUGGAAAAGAAUAUAUUCAUACUGGAAAUGCGAUGUAACAUAACAAUAAAAGGAAAAUAUACAGCUGUUGGAAGAUUAUUGUUAUUCCCAAUUAAUGGCGAGGGGGACUCAAAAAUCAAAAUUGUGAACUCGGUUAUAAAACUGAACAUAAAGACGAAGUACUUCAAGGAUUCUGAAGGCAAAGAUCAUUUCGGUAUUAAGAACUACAGAUACAGCUUCGAUUACGGUGACAGAGUUCACUACACCAUCAACAACUUAUUCAAAGGAAACCCGGAACUAAGUAACACUGUACUUCAAUUCCUCAACGAAAACUGGAGGGUAGUUACAGAAGAAUUCGGACAACCAGUGGUGGACUAUGCAAUGAACGUUACUAUAGAAACUGCAAAAAAAUUCUUCGAAGCUGUCCCAUACGAUGAACUUUUAUAUGUGCCAAUACCUAAGUACUAAUGAAUAUAUUCACCGGAUAUUCAAAGCCGGGCGAAUAUGUUUUUAUAUGUAAAUAAUUUUACAAUUACUUGAGUCUAAGAAUAACAUAUCGCCGAGCAGGUUUUGAAGAGAAAACUUUGAAGAAUAGUUUCCAUUUUCAAUCAUUAGUUUUGCUCAGUUACAAAAACAAAGUAUUUUUAUAUUCUUCUAUCAGUAACAGAGAUUAGCAUUCAUUCAAACAAAUUCUUCAGUUUUAUGAUAUUGAAAAAGGAGAUUAAGUAUUGUUGUGAAUAUUAUGCACAAUUAGAGAGUUCACUUGAUCGCCAUGUACGAACAUAAUCCCGAGUAAUUAAAGUAAGAAGCUUAUAUAUUGAGGUUAAAAUGUAUAUAAAUAUAGUUAAAAUAUGAUAACUUUGAAUUUUAAUAUAAUGUACGGCAGUUAUUGAUACAAAACUGGUUUAUAGUUAAAAUUAUUGUAUCUGUAAAUAAAGCUGUUAAAUUUAUGUAAGAUAGAAAUUAUUAUCUUUAUUUUCAAAUUAUAAGUAUGAUUGUAAAUAUCUUCAAUGAGAAAUAUAACACACUUAUAGAAUUGUAGCUAUUAAGUAUUA